AUGUCAGAUAUAUUGGACUAUAGAAAUGUAGUAUUAGCAAAGCCUGUCACUGGUCUAAAGAGACUAGAAGCUGUGUCUGUUUUAGAACUUGAAUCCCUUAAAUCAUUAAAUGUCAGGUCUAAAAGGCGAAGAGAUGACUUUGUUUUUCUUACAUGCAUUGCAAGCUCAGCUGUAGUAAGAGAUGAUAUUAGCAAAAUAGAUGGUUAUGUCGAAAGAAUUAUUCCAGGGUAUUUGCCUGAACAGUUCAAAAGACAUUUCAGAUUAUCAAGGGAGACAUUUGAAUGUAUUUUAAAUCAUUUGGCAAAUUUUCCAACUCUACAAAGAAGACAGCUGACAGGCGGAAGGUUACAAACAACUCUAGAAAAAGACCUCAUGAUGCUGCUUUGGUACUUAGGUACGCAGGAAACUGUUCGGUCGAUCUCGGAUAGAUUUGAUGUGCAAGAAUCCACAUUGAUACUUCAUAAUAGAAGACUCAUAGAUGUGUUUAGUGAUUUGUGCAAGAAAUUUGUAAAGUGGCCAAACAAUGAAGAAAAACAAGAAAUUAUGUCAGAAUUUGAGGAUUUCAGUGGGUUUCCGGGAGUCAUUGGGGCAAUUGAUGGAACUCACAUAUCCAUAACACCGCCAGGUGAAAAUGAGGCCGAUUACGUGAAUCGAAAAAGUUUUCAUUCAAUUAUCCUACAAGCUGUUUGUCGACACGACCGACUAUUUAUAGAUAUUAACUGUGGAUGGCCUGGGCGUGUCAAUGAUGCCAGGGUCUUCAGGAACUCUGAAGUUUUUCAACACCAGGCACAGCUAUGUGGACCACAUCAUCUUGUAGGAGAUGGAGCAUAUCCACUCUCAUCAUACUUGAUGAAACCAUACCGGGAAAGUCAGAAUAUGACAGCAGCUGAAAAGAUGUUCAACAAAACACUUUGCAGAGCCAGGGCCAUCAUUGAACAUGCUUUUGGUGUAUUAAAAGGAAGAUUUAGGCGCCUGCAACACAUUAACAUGGUUGAUAUAGAAUACAUUGUGAAAACUGUUGUUGCCGCAUGUGUGUUGCAUAAUAUUUGUAUCAUCAAUCAUGAUGAGCUUGGUGAAAACUUUGAAACAGAGGUAGAUGAACAAGUUUUUGCUGAAGUUACUACAGACACUGCUGAAGGUAACUUGAAACGGCUGUUCCUAACCAGACAACUUUCAAAUGUCCAGCCAUGA